GGAUGGGACAGCGUCCUCAACUCUGGGCUGGGGAACAACACUGUUAAGCACAACCAGAAACAGACAGUCGAACACAAAACAACAACCAAACUUAGUCUCCAUGACAACAGACUGGCUGAGACCAGGGCGAGGUGUAGAUUUGGUAUGUGGCGAGAGAGAACAGACACAGACUCGGCUAGCGAUGCUCCGUCCUGCUCCUAUAGUUGUGAUUCAGAGAGACUGAUGGCGCCUCAGGUUAACCCCCUAACAGAUGCGGUCUUCAGCCUGCCUUCUAUAGGAUCUAUCAACUGGAACAUGGACCCUGAAACAACACAGAUGCUCCCUGGCCUUCAUCCUCCUCACACUCUCAUAAUGUUAAACCAAACCUCAGACAAUGCCAGUUCCUCAACACUAAAUGGCUACACAAGCCCAUUGACAAAUGACAGUAGUAGUAACGCUAUGAGCAGAUCCAGUAGUAAAGAGAAGCGCUUCCCGUGUUCAUUCUGUGGGAAAGCCUUCAGUUUCCCCAAACAGGUGGAGAUCCACCAGAGGAUGCACACAGGGGAGAAACCUUUUGGCUGCCACCUUUGCCGGGCUAGUUUCUCCCAUUCGUCCAACCUGAAGAGGCAUCAGAGAGUCCACACAGGGGAGAAACCCUACAGCUGUCCCCAGUGUGAGAAGAGGUUCUCACGCCAGCACGAUCUCAAGAUGCACCUGAAGGUCCACACUUGAGAGAGUCCGUUCAACUGCACGCACUGCGGAAAAAGGUUCUCAGAGAGGAGCAACCUCAGGAUACACCAGCAGAAAAUGCACAUGACCCAUGAAUAGUGUAUACCCACUGGGUACACCACGUCAUUUCAACAUAUAGAACUGGUUAAUAUUUGGUAGAUACAUUGAUCAAUGAGAUUCCAAUCUAUUUUCACCUACUCAAAAUGACAGCUAAUAGGUUGUUGAAUUCCCAAUGUGUUAUCACAGAUUUCAACCAAGAAAAAUUUAAACCAAAUUCCAAUGGAAAAAUCUGUCAGAUUUUUUGGUUUAGUUGUCACUUUUUGUGUUAUCACUGAGCUUUCAACCAUAGGAAUACAAUGUCAGAUAUUGUUAUUUAUAUACAACUGAAUGUGUUAUGACUGUGAUUGAUCUAAUAGCACUACCAAAUUCCCACUAUUUUUGGACAACUUAAGAUGUUGUCCACCGCUUUCAGCCAAGUGUGUAACAUCCUAAGUUGUCUGAUAAGUGGUGGAAAAUGUUGCAUUAUUGAGUCAGUACACAUGCUUAUGUACAUGCACAUGCAGUACCAUUUUAAAGCUAGUUAAGGAGGAAAAUUAUGCCUUUGCAGCCUGAUUGGGGGACGCUUUAUGUACGAGCCGGUCUACAGGGGAAACGAGUGUAUUACCGGGAAUGCACAUCAAUCCUAGACAAUAGUGCAGAUCUAGUGGCCACUAUAGGCUGGCUGUCCUGUAGUGGUGCACUAUAGUGGUGCAAUUGCCAUCAUACUUGAGAAGACACUGGUGAUCUCAUAAAACAACUAUCUUAACUUGAAAUUGGUGAUGACUAUUCGGAUAUCUCUCUUAGCAACAUAGAUGUUGUUUCAGCAAUAAGGCAUGAGAGCCCGGGAAUUAUCCUGUGAUAACUCCCAACUAAGGGCUGUUCUUAUGCCCAAGGUGAAGCGAAGGGCUGUGGAAACAGCCCUUAGGAGGGAGUUAUCACACAAUAAUUCACAGGUUCUCAUGCCUAAUUUCUUUCAUAAAACAUUUGUCAACAUAUACAUACAGUUGAAGUUGGUAGUUUACAUACACUUAGGUUGGAGUCAUUAAAACUCGUUUUUCAACCACUCCACAAAUUUCUUGUUAACAAACUAUAGUUUUGGCAAGUCGGAUAGGACAUCUACUUUGUGCAUGACGAAGUACUUUUUCCAACAAUUGUUUACAGAUUAUUUCACUUACAAUGAAUUAUAUCACAAUUCCAGUGGGUCAGAAGUUUAUAUACACUAAGUUGACUGUGCCUUUAAACAGCUGGGAAAAUUCCAGAAAAUGUCAUUGCUUUAGAAGCUUCUGAUAGGCUAAUUGACAUUAUUUGAGUCAUCAAUUGGAGGUGUACCUGUGGAUGUAUUUCAAGGCCUACCUUCAAACUCAGUGCCUCUUUGCUUGACAUCAUGGGAAAAUCAAAAGAAAUCAGCCAAGACCUCAGAAAAAAAUUUGGAGACCUCCACAAGUCUGGUUCAUCCUUGGGAGAUCAGCAAGGAAGAAGCCACUGCUCCAAAAUUACCAUUAAAAAAGCCAGGCUAUGGUUUGCAACUGCACAUGGGGAUAACGAUCGUAAUUUUUGGAGAAAUGUCCUCUGGUCUGAUGAAAUACAACUGUUGUGUCAUAAUGACCAUUGUUAUGUUUGGAGUUUAAAGGGGAGGCUUGCAAGCCGAGGAACACCAUCCCAACCACGAAGCACGGCGGUGGCACCAUCAUAUUGUGGGGGUGCUUUGCUGCAGGAGGGAUUGGUGCACUUCACAAAAUAGAUGGCAUCAUGAGGCAUGAACUUUAUUUGGAUAUAUUGAAGCAACAUCUCAAGACAUCAGUCAGGAGGUUAAAGCUUGGGAGGCAAAUGGGUCUUCCAAAUGGACAAUGACGCCAAGCAUACUUCCAAAGUUGUGUCAAAAAGAAGAAAGUCAAAUACCUCAGGAAAAAAAGUCUGGUUCAUCCUUGGGAGCAAUUUCCAAACGCCUGAAGGUACAACGUUCAUCUGUACAAACAAUAGUACGCAAGUAUAAAUACCAUGGAACCAAGCAGCCAUCAUACCACUCAGGAAGUAGACGUGUUCUGUCUCCUAGAGAUGAACUUACUUUGGUGCGAAAAGUGCAAAUCAAUCCCAGAACAACAGCAAAGGACCUUGUGAAGAUGCUGGAGGAAACGGGUACAAAAGUAUCUUUAUCCACAGUAAAACGAGUCCUAUAUCGACAUAACCUGAAAGGCCACUCAACAAAAAAGAAGCCACUGCUCCAAAACCGGCAUAAAAAAGCCAGACUACGGUUUGCAACUGCACAUGGGGAGAGAGAUCGUACUUUUUGGAGAAAUGUUCUCUGGUCAAAAAAAUAGAACUGUUUGGCCAUAAUGACCAUCGUUAUGUUUGGAGGAAAAAGGGGGAGGCUUGCAGGCCGAAGAACACCAUCCCAACUGUGAAGCAUGGGGGUGGCAGAAUCAUGCUGUGGGGCUGCUUUGCUGCAGGAGGGACUGGUGCACUUCACAACAUAGAUGGCAUGAUGAGGCAGGAAAAUGAUGUGGAUAUAUUAUAGUAACAUCAAGACCUCAGUCAGGAAGUUAAAGCUUGGUCGCAAAUAGGUCUUCCAAAUGGACAACGACCCCAAGCAUACUACCAAAGUGGAUUCAAAAUGGCCAAGGACAACAAAGUCAAGGUAUUAGAGUGGCCAUCACAAAGCCCUGACCUCAAUCCUAUAGAAAAUUUGUGGGCAGAACUGAAAAAGCGUGUGUGAGCAAAGAGGCCUACAAACCUGACCCAAUUACACCAGCUCUGUCAGGAGGAAUGGGCUAAAAUUCACCCAACUUAUUGUGGGAAGCUUGUGGAAGGCUACCCAAAAUGUUUGACCCAAGUUAAACAAUUUAAAGGCAAUGCUACCGAAUACUAAUUGAGUGUAUGGGAAUUUCUGACCCACUGGGAAUGUGAUGAAAGAAAUAAAAGCUGAAAUAAAUCACUCUACUAUUAUUCUGACAUUUCACAUUCUUAAAAUAAAGUGGUGAUCGUAACUGACUAAGACAGGGAAUUUUUACUAGUAAUAGUCAAUGAUGAAUAUCAAGCUAAGGAGGGCUGAGCUUGUAGAUAGAUUAACUCUAGUAGUAGGUGCUGCCCAGACUAUUGUUUAAAAAUGUUUUUCUUAUAGUGGAUAUUACGUUGAAGAUGACUUUGUUUCAAAGGUAAAAAUAAAAACAAUUAUACAUUCAUGACUUGUUUCAAAUCCAAUGUAUUUUCCACGUAGCUUCCAUGUCACAAUACUUUGACAAAUUAUGUUGAAACAACGUUGAAUUAACCAGUUUGUGCCCAGUGGGUAGUGAUGUGUAAUAUAGUACUAGUUCGUUUUUUGUAGUUCAUUCUGUUGGUGUUGGACGUAGCUGGGAACUGGAUGAACAGAGGAAAGAAUGAGUAUAUUGAGGCAGAGUAGAUGUGAUGGUGUCUGUCACUUUUCAUCACUUUAGCAUUGUCCCAUUUUAGGUGUUUUAGACAAUCAUAGUGCCUUAAUUCAUGUUUAUUUGACAUGAAGCUGUGUGUAAUGUUGAACCUUUUCCAAAGUAUUCUCAAAUUAAUUUGAUCAAAGCGAGGUUACCAUACCGUAAGAAGUUAUUCUACUUGUCAUGUAUCGUUUUGUGCAAUCAUAAAAAUGAUUCUAAUGCCAUUUUGUUUAAAAGAAAUACUAAAUUGACUCUGCUGACUAACUUGGUUAUUUUGUAUCAUUUGCAGACUGUUUGGACUUAUGUCUGUCUGUCUCUGUAUAUUACUCAGCAUAAAUAGAAAAGUCCCUUUUUCAGGACCCUGUCUUUCAAAGAUAAUUCAUAAAAAUCUAAAUAAUUUCACAGAUCUUCAUUGUAAAGGGUUUAAACACUGUUUCCCAUGCUUGUUCAAUGAACCAUAAAGAAUUAAUGAACCUGCACCUGUGGAAUGGUCGUUAAGACACUAACAGCUUACAGACCGUAGGCAAUUUAAGGUCACAGUUCUGAAAACUUAGGACACUAAAGAGUCCUUCCUACUGACUAUGAAAAACACAAAAAGAAAGAUGCCCAGGGUCCCUGCUCAUCUACGUGAACGUGCCUUAGGCAUGCUGCAAAGAGGCAUGAGGACUGCAGAUGUGGCCUGGGUAAUAAAUUGCAAUGUCCGUUUUGUGAGACGCCUAAGACAGCGCUACAGGGAGACAGGAUGGACAGCUGAUCGCCCUCGCAGACCACGUGUAACAACACCUGCACAGGAUCGGCACAUCCGAAAAUCACACCUGCGGGACCGGUACAGGAUGGCAACAACAACUGCCCGAGUUACACCGGGAACGCACAAUCCCUCCAUCAGUGCUCAGACUUUCUGCAAUAGGCUGAGAGAGGCUGGACUGAGGCAGGUAAGGCAGGUCCUCACCAGCCCUCACCGGCAACAACGUCGCCUAUGGGUACAAACCUACCAUAGCUGGACCUGACAGGACUGGUAAAAAGUGCUCUUCACUGGCAAAUCGUGGUUUUGUCUCACCAGGGGUGAUGGCCGGAUUUGCGUUUUUCGUCGAAGGAAUGAGCGUUACACCGAGGCCUGUACUCUGGAGCGGGAGCGAUUUAGAGGUGGAGGGUCCAUCAUGGUCUGGGGCGGUGUGUCACAGCAUCAUCGGACUGAGCUUGUUGUCAUUGCAGGCAAUCUCAACGCUGUACGUUACAGGGAAGACAUCCUCCUCCCUCGUGGUGCCCUUCCUGUGAGCUUAUCCUGACAUGACCCUCCAGCAUGACAAUGCCACCAGCCAUACUGCUCGUUCUGUGCGUGAUUUCCUACAAGACAGGAAUGUCAGUGUUCUGCCAUGGCCAGCAAAGAGCUUGGAUCUCAAUCCCAUUGAGCACGUCUGGGACCUGUCUUGGAUCGGAGGGUGAGGGCUAGGGCCAUUCCCCCCCCCAGAAAUGUCUGGGAACUUGCAGGUGCCUUGGUGGAAGAGUGGGGUAACAUCUCACAGCAAGAACAGGCAAAUCUGGUGCAGUCCAUGAGGAGAUUCACUGCAGUACUUAAUGCAGCUGGUGGCCAGACCAGAUACGGACUUUUUUUUAUUUUGACCCCCCCUUUGUUCAGGGACACACUGUUCACUUUCUGUUAGUCACAUGUUUGUGGAACUUGUUCAGUUUAUGUCUGUUAAAUCUUGUUAUAUUCAUACAACUAUUUACACAUGUUAAGUUUGCCGACAAACGCAGUUGACCGUGAGAGGAUGUUUAUUUUUUUGCUGAGUUAUUUAUAUUUAUAUAAUAAACUCCCAAUAGCUCCAUAUUGUUAGGUUCUUAAAUCACAGUGUUAGAGAUGGGCUUGACUGUGGUUAACAUUUUGUAUCUUGCCAUGUUUGUGUGGACAGGAAAGAGAUUCUUGUAUAAAUCUUUUUAUAUGC